AUGCAAGUAACUGAAGAAAGACAUUCAGUUAAGUCCGGAUUUCACAACAUUCGUCCUCUCGAUUACACUCACGUCAAAAUACUCUCUCCAGGAGGUGAGCAAGCAGAACGAUUUCGGAACCGCAAAGAGAAUUUCUCAAUGUUCAAGAUAUUUCCUGGUUCCGUUCACGACAGCCCCAUCUUCAAUGACUCACCCCUGUGUGCUGAUUUAGCUUCUGGCGAAUACCGAACAGACUUUGUAUUACGUGAUAAUGGUCACCCAUAUCGAAGUUAUUUACUGACACCACUACUGAAUCCAAAAAACCGUAUUGGGAGAGCAUACAAUGCGGCUCACAAGACCAGUAGAAAUUGUCUUGACAGGGGUUUUGGAGUGCUGAAGCGACGUUUUCCUUGUUUGUCUAGAGGAUUAAUACUGCAUUACAUAUGCAUUCUAGAAAAGGAAGCAUUUUUUGAAGGUGAAGAUCAAGAUGUUGAUCCAGAAUUGCACAUUUUUAAUAACGAAAACAGCAGUUCGAGUGGCCCUAAUUAA